GGUGGCACACAUCUCACUAAGAAAGCUCUCCGACAAGGAGAUUACCAGCACGGCCCAAUUUCCCUCUUUCGCGGCAUGAAAUAGCCUCGCCGUGCUCUGGGCGGUAGAGUAUCCUGCUUUCGAGGACCUGCUCGUCCUCGAGAGCUCAGCCGCCACCCAAAAUGGGCGCCGUCUCGCUCUCAGCGAGCAGCAGCCUCCUUCGAUGCGCCAGGAGAAGGGGGCUGCUUGCCGCCUCGCUCGUGUCCCCCCGCCGGCACGCGCGACUCUUCUCCAGGUCUGCGGCCCUCGGGGCCUCGGACCCCCUGAGGAUCCUGUUCUUCAGCACCGGCGACGGGCUGUUCAGCAACCCGUCGCUCCAGCUGCUCCACACGGAGAUGAUGCAGAACCCAUCCCUCAUCUCGGCCAUCGACGUCGUCACGAGCCCUCCGAAGCGAGUCGGGAGGGGCCACAGGGAGCUGCGGAGAUCCGGGCCGGAUUUGGAGUCCGAGAAGCUGGAGCUGCCGGUGCACCUGAUCGGGGGCUUUGAAGAUGAUCCAGGGGCCCGUAAUCGUGCCGCCAUGGAUGAAAAACCCAGCCAAGACGGCCUUUUCAGGUCUACCAAGCAAGCUGGAUUCAAACCCGGAGAUGUCUUUAGGAGGGUGCCGCUCCAGAACUUGGGCCUGGAUGACGCACCGAAGUUGACUCUUUCCCUACUCGAGGAACGACAAAUCAACCUGCUCAUCGCUGUCUCGUACGGCCGCUUCAUACCGGCACAUUUCAUCAGGGCCGCCAAGCAUGGCGGGCUCAACCUCCACCCGUCUCUGCUACCUCGCCUCCGUGGCGCCGCGCCCAUCCAGUGGGCCAUCGCCCGCGACCACCAGUUCACGGGCGUGUCUCUGCAGACUCUGGACGAGCGCGAGUUCGACCGCGGCCUCGUCCUGGCCCAGACUCCCGAGGUGGCCCUCAACCAGCGCGAGACGACACCGACGCUCCAGAAGAAGCUCAGCGGCCUAGCCGCGGCCCUGCUCGUCGAGGGCCUCCGCGCCGGUCUGCACGACGAGGCGACCCGCCGCAGCCUGGACGGCUCCCUGCCCCUGACCAUCCCAUUGGCACAGGGUCCUCUCGGGGCGACAACCCCGCGAGAGGGGCAAGGGGACGAAGCACCAAGCGAGCCAACGUUGGCGGCAGCAGCGGCGGCGGCGGCGAAGCUCAGGAUUGAGAGGGCCGCCUCGUUCGCGCCCAAGAUCGGGCCCCAGACGCUCGAGAUGCGCUGGGACAAGCUCGCCAGGGGCGCCUGGCAGCCCGAGGACCCGUCCCGGCGCUCGCGCGCCUUCGGGUCCCUCCGCACGCGCUUCCUGGUCAGUGCCAAGAGGGUGCCCGAGAGGGCGCACACGGCGCUGCAGCCGACGGCCGCCCAGAGGCGGCAGCAGAAGGAGAUGGAGGAGGAGCAAGGGCAGAACCCGCCGCCGCAGCAGCAGCAGCACGACCUCAAGUUCGAGACGGUCCAGGUCCAGGUCCUCGACACGUCCCCCGUGGCGCUCGAGUGGCUGCCGCAGGCCAUCAGCUCGCGCAUCCUGGAGCUGAGCGGCGAAGAGGACCCGGAGGAGUUGCUGCGGGGUACGCCGUUCGGCCCCCCGCUACCCGAGCCCGACCCCGACGCGGCGGCGGCGGCGGGCGGCGACGGGAACGACGAGCACUAUAAGAAGAAUAAGAAGAAGAAGGAGGAGAGGAGGAAGAAGAAUGAGAAGAAGAACCGACUGAUAAAUGAGGGCAAGAGCACGAUCCUGACGCGCGGGUCGCGGCUGGCGCGGGCCAACGUGCGCGUCGUCGUCGCCGAGGUCGUCGUGGACAAGGCGACGGGGCGGACCGAGAGGGUCGGCCUGCUUUGCCUCCCGGACGCGGACGGCAGGGGGGCGUUGAUCGUGCUGCACGAGCUGCUGGUCCCGCACAUGCGGGAGCUGCUCGGACAGGGGGGCGGCGAGCUCGCGCCGGCUCCGGACGGCCACGAGUCCUACAGCAACGUGUGCGUGAGGGUGAACAAGAUGCAUAUUGCGGGCCAUAAUCCGGUACCAGCAUGGUCUGUGAUAAAGCAAUGCGGCUUCGUCAGGCCCCCCUCCCCCACGAGCAGCGAAAUGUAGUCCUUGGCACCCACGUCUUUAAUAUCACCCAUGCAAAUUUCACUCUCGUAGAAGUCAUGUAAUAGUGUUACAAUUGAUGGUGCCCGUGACACCACAGUCGUAUCUUUCAGUGCACAGCACCGUACUGUGCACUCGCUAGAAAA